AUGACUACUGUGAGGAUCGUUUCGGUUUGCUUUACGUUCUUCCUGCUCUCUGUGGCCACCGCUGCCGCGUUCAGCCCUACUUCUCGGGCUUUCGCUGUUCGGCAAUCAACCAAUCCCUCGUCUUCGCGUCUUUUCUUUGGGCUUGGCACCAUUGAAAAGCAGGAGGAACAGUACCUCGAGUUGGCCUUUAACAAUGCGAACUCUGUCAUUCCAGAAGCUGUUUAUGUUAUCGUCUAUAACCCAGGCGCAGAAAACGAAGGUGUCCAUACAACAGAAUGGCCCAGGGGAGGGGGACAAUACAUCUUGAUGGCCUUCGAGUCUCCAUUUGAAUGCCAGCAUUUUGCAGAAAUGAUUGCCGUGGGUUACCCUGGUUGGGAUGACCCUGUACCAACCCAAUACACCGCAGAGCAAGUGCAGGAGUACUGCCAACAAAUGGGAUGGAACCUUCAACUGGUGCCGGAGUUCUAG